UGAGAUGCUUCUACCUGUAACAGUGCUAACAUUACAUUUGAAAUCCAUAUUUGUACAGACUGGAGCUGGAAAAACUUAUAGCAUGGAGGGGCCAAGCAUCUUGCACUGCAAUGAGCUGAAAACUGGACUGGUUCAGCGAGUUGUAAAUGGUCUUUUUGAUUGUUUAAGAACAUCAGAAAACAUUACUACUUGGACUGUGAAGUUGUCAAUGGUGGAGAUAUAUUUGGAAAAAGUAAGGUGAGAAUCUACUUGAUGUUUGCGU